CCUCUCUGGCUUGCUUGUGGUGAAGGUUUGUCAUUAAGUUAUUUUGCAAUGGCUCGAGAAUUCAAACUGCUCUUUGUCCUUUGGCUAGUUGGGGCCAGUUUUGGUGGUCCAACAAUAGCUACAAUAGCAGGUGAGCCCACUACCAACAUAACACCUACACUAGCAGGUGAGCCCACUACCAACAUAACACCUACACUAGCAGGUGAGCCCACCACCAACAUAACACCUACACUAGCAGGUGAGCCCACCACCAACAUAACACCUACACUAGCAGGUGAGCCCACCACCAACAUAACACCUACACUAGCAGGUGAGCCCACCACCAACAUAACACCUACACUAGCAGGUGAGCCCACCACCAACAUAACACCUACACUAGCAGGUGAGCCCACCACCAACAUAACACCUACACUAGCAGGUGAGUCCACUACCAACAUAACACCUACACUAGCAGGUGAGCCCACCACCAACAUAACACCUACACUAGCAGGUGAGUCCACUACCAACAUAACACCUACACUAGCAGGUGAGCCCACCACCAACAUAACACCUACACUAGCAGGUGAGCCCACCACCAACAUAACACCUACACUAGCAGGUGAGCCCACCACCAACAUAACACCUACACUAGCAGGUGAGUCCACUACCAACAUAACACCUACACUAGCAGGUGAGCCCACCACCAACAUAACACCUACACUAGCAGGUGAGCCCACCACCAACAUAACACCUACACUAGCAGGUGAGCCCACCACCAACAUAACACCUACACUAGCAGGUGAGCCCACCACCAACAUAACACCUACACUAGCAGGUGAGCCCACCACCAACAUAACACCUACACUAGCAGGUGAGUCCACUACCAACAUAACACCUACACUAGCAGGUGAGCCCACCACCAACAUAACACCUACACUAGCAGGUGAGCCCACCACCAACAUAACACCUACACUAGCAGGUGAGCCCACCACCAACAUAACACCUACACUAGCAGGUGAGUCCACUACCAACAUAACACCUACACUAGCAGGUGAGCCCACCACCAACAUAACACCUACACUAGCAGGUGAGCCUACCACCAACAUAACACCUACACUAGCAGGUGAGCCCACUACCACCAUAACACCUACAAUAGCAAGUGAGCCUACUUUGGAUGGUCCAUCCAUAACACCUGCUAGAACAACAACACCAGUUCCUACAAAGCCUCAAGGUAAUUCCAUCUGUUAAAACCGUUAUUUCCUCUGUUUCCAUUAUGUCAU